AAUUCGAUAUUAAUAUUAUGAUAUCCGCAUACUCUGGAGAGAGAAAAAACACCUAGGAAGCAAACGUCCAAUAAUUUGAACAUUCAAAGGACCCGAAUUUUCUCUUGUCUAUCUUCUUCUCUGUACAAAUUUAUGAGACCUCGAACUCGAACAACAUUUCACAACAGAGGUUCCAGCAAACCAUAAUUCGAAACAACAAAUAGGGGGUAAAAACGGCCGAUUCCGAGCAGCGAAGAAUCGGCGAUGGAUUGCGCAACCGUUCCGUCUCUCAUCUCCGACUUCGUCAACACAUUCGUCGAUUUCUCCGUCAGCGGCGGCAUUUUCCUGCCUCCGGAACCGAAAUCGGUUAAAAACUCCACCGAUUCCCUGCGAACCGUGUUCCCUCAGCCCGCCCGCCUCAUCGCCGUCGGGGACAUCCACGGCGAUCUCCCCAAGGCUAAAUCGGCCCUAAGACUAGCCGGCUUGAUCGGACCGGACGACCGAUGGUCUGGCGAGUCCGCCACCGUCGUCCAAGUAGGCGAUAUAUUCGACCGCGGCGGCGACGAGAUUAAGCUGCUGUAUUUCUUCGAGAGAUUGAAGAGGGAGGCGGCGAAGGCCGGCGGCACGGUCAUCACGAUGAACGGGAACCACGAAAUCAUGAACGUGGAUGCGGAUUUCCGGUUCGUGGCGCGACUGGGGGUUAAGGAGUUCGAAGAUUGGGGGUUUUGGCAAUGUGUUGGCAACGGUAUGAAGCGAAUGUGUUUAGGGAUUGAUAGCGAUCUCGUGUUUAAGGAUUUGUUCGAUGGCGUGCCGGAUGAGAUCCCGGGGAUUCCGCCGCAGUUUUUGAACGGAAUUAGGGCUCGGAUUGCCGCCCUGCGCCCUAAUGGAUUGAUCUCGAAUAGGUUCUUGUCGAAGAACCAGACGGUGGUGGUGGUAGGGGACUCCGUCUUCGCUCACGGCGGCUUGUUGGAGAAGCACGUCGUUUAUGGAUUGGAGCGGAUGAAUGAGGAGGUGAGGGAUUGGAUUCGUGGAUUGAGCGAGAAGGUGGAUAGCCGAUUGGUGAGGGGGGCGGACUCCGUUGUUUGGUUGAGGAGCUUCUCGAACAAGCUGGUGAAGGACGGCGAUUGUUCGAUUCUGGAGCAUGUGCUGGAGACUAUCCCGGGGGCAAGAAGGAUGAUCAUGGGGCACACGAUUCAGGAAGAUGGUAUUAACGUUGCCUGUGGCGGCCGCGCCGUAAGAGUUGACGUUGGAAUGUCUAAGCUGUGUGGCGAUCGUUUUCCUGAGGUUUUGGAGAUUGAUGAGAAUUCGGAGCUCAAAGUUUUGACAUCCAAUCCUCUGUAUAUGAAACGCCAUUAUGAAACUUCCAAUAAGAAAGACGGGUUAGGUUCGUUGAUCCCUGAUCAAAGACCAAGACAGGUUGAAGUGAAUGCUUGAACUUUCUUGGUUUCUUGACUUCCUAUCACAUUUGGGGCUUGGUAGAUUUAUGAUUGCUAGUUGCUAGCAAAUGUAGGUGAUUGUGUAAGACUUUAGAGUAUUGCUGAUUCCAAACCCUUUAGAAUUGUAGAAUUCUUGAAGCUGCAGAUUGUUUGGGUUGGGUUACCAAAUUGCUAUCAGCAUACAUUAGUGUUAAUUUCUAUGGCACUUACGCUUUACUAUAUAACAAGUAUCCCUAUUUCUGCAA